UAAGCCUUUCGGAAGCGGAAGUACGUUGACGGAAGUGACACAGCACAAGAUAACAAAUAUGGCGACCUGUUCGCUCGUGUGCUGCGAGCAGCAAAGUGACUCGGAUAAAGCAGUUAUAGUUCGAUUUUCCAAUGGCAUCGUCCAGAAGGCAGACAAACUGGACUUUUUCAUGUACAGGAGCGUGGAUGAGGUUAACCCCAGGAAAAAACCCAGACGGAUAAUGGUGGCUGAAUCGGCCAGGAUGUCCUAUGUCGGCCAAAACUUUGGAUUGAGUUCCUUAAAAUGCAACCAUCUCUGCAAAUAUUAUGUCGGCGUGUUGAACAAGCAGACCAUGCAGAUGGAAGUGCACAGUGCACAGAUGUUCAACAUGCAGCCUGUUGUGCCAGGAGAAACAGCGACGGCGAAGCCAAACGACACAGUUCUUACCCACAAAGAAAAGGUGGACUCUCUGAUUGAGGCGUUUGGCACCAACAAACAGAAGAGAGCUCUGAGCUCUCGCAGGCUGAACCAGGUGGGCAACGAGACUCUGAACCAAGCGGUCGCUAAGGCUGCCAACAGCGUCAUUGAUGAGAAGGGUCUGGAAGCCUUGCAGCAGGAAGUGGCCCAGACCGAGUCCCUGGCAGAUUUUGCGCUCCACCUUCCGCCCUGUAACGCGGAUGCAGACACGCCUGAGAACGUCUACCCGUUGGAUGAACUCUUAAGUCCAGUGGACUUCAAGGCUCUGGAGCAGGCCGGUUCUAAGAUGACAGAGUUGAGCCCUGAAGAACUGCAGACCAUGAAAGACAGCGGAGGGCUAGGGUCUGUGGUGAAGCACCUGGAGACGAUGCCCAGUGGCGGUGAAGCCCGUGACAAGAUGGCCGGCUGUGCCUUUUACCUUUCCAUGCUCAUCAAACUGUCACAGCAGAAGAACAUCACCCGCAAGUUCGGCUUGGAGGAAGGCUGCCCUCGCAUCGUGCAGACCAAAAUAAUUCGGACUUUCACAGUGGAGACCUUCAACAAUGGAAGGGUCCAGAACAUGGUUUCUACAUCCAUGCGCACCAAGUUAACAGCGUACUGCCUCGCUCUCCUGCUGCAUAUGGGUCACAUGACGGCCGACCUCACGUUACUGCAUCGCGACCUGCCGAUCAGCGAGGCCAGUGUGGUGGAAGUGGCCAGGUCCAUGGGGCUGACCCUAGAGAAGAAGCCCCGCGGGAGGAAGAGCGGGGCAAGCCUGCAGGACGAACACAAACACGCCUCCCUGGUCCUGCCCCUGGUCCGACACAAGCAGUUGCUGCCAAACCGCAAACGCAAGAAGAUGUCCUGAGGACCUGGUAACAGAUGAAUAAAAAGGACCGCGAUUUGGUGGACAAAUAAAGACCCACCAGACCACCGGGUUCCCGCUGAAGAGGAUGUACACGCCUGCUUCCUUGUUGUUAUAGAUGUGGUUGCUUCGAAGCGAGCCUUUCCCGUUGCCCAGCACCACAACACCCGAGCGCAGGCCGCUGUGGAUUUUGUUGCACUGAGGAGUGAAACCAGAAUGAAGACACGGGUUACUUGCGUGCAGAAAAAGAGCAAUUCCAUUCUAGAACUCAAAUCCAAAAAUGAGGUGGGAAUACAGAAGUGUUAUCAAACAUGCUGCCGAUACCGUCAUGCAUGAGUGAGAUUGGCCGAUACCCAUCACUAGGGUUGUCAAAAAAAAUGUAUCCUUAAAUGAAUCGUGAUUCUUAUUUGUGACAAUUUGUAAUAGUUUUAAAAAAUAUAUUUUUUUAAUCUG